UCUCAAAGCGGUGGUGUAGAGGUGGAGGUGAUGAUGGCGGCGGUGGAAGCGGCCCCCUCCCGGUCCAUCUGAUAGACCCCCCACCAUCACCACUCCCACGGCUCGAGGAUGGAGGGACAUGUGUUUCCGGACCAGGAGCAGCUGUUGCAGUUCCUGCGGAGGCUCAAGGAGGUUUUCGACGUGUGUGACGAGGAUGCGGACGGCUUCAUCCGGGUGGAGCAUCUGGUGGACCUCGGUCUGCAGUUUGGUCAAAGAGACGAGGUGAAGAAGUUAACCAGUUACCUAGAUCCUAAUGCUCAUGGGAAAAUAAACUUCAAAGACUUUUGCCACGGGGUGUUUGCUAUCAAAGGUUGUGAGGAGAUCCUGAAGAUGGCGGUGGGUCCUCGUAGUCGAACCUCCAGCCAACCGUCAGUUACUGACAACGGUUACAUUUACCAGAAUGGCAAAGCUAAGCUGGGUUCUCCAAUCAUCGUGUGUACGAGGUCCUACUGCAGCUCCUGCAGUGACGCUGCUGCUGAUGGGGAGUGUGACAUGGACAGUAGCGCUGAAAAUGGAAAUGGCUCAGACUCGCUGAACCCAACACUGCAACGCAGCCUCCCAACGGCCUCGGUGUCUGCUCCUGUCAUCUCAGGGGAGGAGCAGUUUGAGGACUACGGUGAAGGGGAGGAUGUGGACUUCACUCCCAGCAGUCCUUGUCCUGAAGAGGACGUCCGAACUAAUGGUUUCUCAGACAUGGGAUCCUCCCUUCCCUCUAGUGCAGGACAGACUCCUCAAAAGAUGCGGCAGUUGUAUAACAGUGAGCUGCUGGACAUUUACUGCUCUCAAUGCUGCAAGAAAGUCAAUCUACUCAAUGACCUGGAGGCUCGGCUAAGAAACCUGAAGGCAAACAGCCCUAAUAGAAAGAUUUCCAGCACAGCCUUUGGUCGGCAGCUGUUCCAGGCCAACCACAGUGUAUUUGGAUCCAGUCAGGGCAGUAGCACAGAGGAUCUGUUCACUGACAGCAUCGACUCCUGUGACCUCGACAUCACAGAGAAAGUCAGUUAUCUGGAGAAGAAGGUGACAGAGUUGGAAAGUGACAGUCUGGCCAACGGUGAUCUCAAGUCUAAACUCAAACAAGAGAACACACAACUUGUCCACAGAGUGCAUGAGCUGGAGGAGCAGGUGAAGGAUGCAGAGACAAGGGCAGAUCAGAGUCUGGAGGAGGAGUCCAAGAGGCACCGUGAGGCUUACACCAAGAUGGAAAGAGACAGAAACACAGAGAUAGAACUGCUCUGUAACAGGAUACAGCAGCUGGAGGAUGAGAACGGAGAUAUGAAGUUAAAUGUGUGCAGACUCAAGUCUCAGACGGAGAAACUGGAUCAGGAGAAGCAGAAGAUGACUGACAAACUGGAGGACACAAGUCUGAGGCUCAAAGAUGAGAUGGACUUGUACAGGAAGAUCAUGGACAAACUGUGGCAAAACCGCCAUGAGUUUCAGAAGGAAAAAGAGGCCAUGCAGGAGCUGAUUGAUGACCUGCGCCGGGAGCUGGAGCAUUUGCAGUUGUUUAAACUGGAGAUGGAGCAUCCAGGGCAAGGCAAGAGCCUGUCCGAGUACAACGCCAGGACCAGAGAGAUUGAAAUGGAGCAUGAAGUCAAGAGGCUGAAGCAGGAGAACUAUAAGCUGCGGGAUCAGAAUGAUGACCUGAAUGCUCAGAUCCUCAGUCUGAGUCUGUAUGAGGCCAAGAACCUGUUUUCAUGCCACACCAAGGCCCAGUGCCUGGCAGCUGAGAUCGAUAAUGCCUCCAGGGAUGAGCUGGUCGACGCUCUGAAGGAGCAGGAAGAGAUCAACCUGCGUCUGAGGCAGUACAUGGACAAGAUCAUCCUGGCCAUUCUGGACCAUAACCCAUCCAUCCUGGAGAUCAAGAAUUAAACACCACACACAAUGCUGUAUUACUGCUUAAAUAUGUAGUUUCACAGUACAGUCUCGCAUACAUGUCUGUAAACUGUACGUCACCACAGCAGCAGAUGUUCAUCCUGUCUCCACUAGAACCAAAGCCAGGCUGUCAGUCACUGUCACAUCACAUACAAUCACUGCUUGAUCACUCACUGAAAUGUAGACAGAGGAAGAGUUGGGAUUGCACUUGAUGUAAUGUAGACACACUACCUGAACCAAUGAGCUGAGCUCUACAGGUUAUCACUGGCUGUCACUCACAGGGUUCAAUUGGACAUGAACAGAAACAAUGAGCAGUGUAAAGGACCAUGCUGCUGAUUCUGUGUGUUUUCUGUGAACCACUGCCAAAGCAGGUUUUCCACUUUUCUUGUGUUUAGUAUCACAGUGAAGUAUCGUUUACUUUCAUUCUGUAUUGGAAUGGAUAGAAACCAGGGAUGCAGUAUAAUCCAGAAGUCUCAAGUGUACUAAGCUAAUGCUAUGGUUAACUUACAAACAUAGAUUACACUGCUAACGCUGUCUGUUAAUUUCAACAAAUUGAUGUGUAUUUCAUAACAGUAAGGUCAACUUCAGGUCAUGUAUAAACAGAAUAAUUAGCACUUGCUGGCUUAAAUAUCAGGCUCACUGACAAACCAUAUAAUCUGUCUCAGUAGGAUUGCUGUUAAGUGAUGUUGCAUCAUGGACUUUUUUUUGUAAGCACUGUGGGUAUUAAAUGUAUGUAGUUAAGGUAGCUAGAGAUAAAUGAAGUUCUCUAUAAGCAAAGAUUAAUGCUAAAGUCUGUUUGCAUUCUCAAGAAAGACAGGGCAAGCAGAGACAUAAUUCAGUAUUGAUUAAAUGCAAACCUUGGCUAACAUAGUUAUGCCAACUGCAGGGGUAUUGUAAUAAAGUACAACACACAACCAACAAGACUUCAUCUCAGUCCCAGACAUUGCUAAAUACGGUUAAUGCUGUGCUUAACACAGAUAUGAGCUUGAUAUAAUUGGAAAAGAAAGCAAAGCUAUUCCAAACAUGUUGAACUCAGUAUUUUCAGAAUCCAAAAAAAGGUUUGUAGAACUGUAGAAGGUGAUGGAAGGAACUGCAACAUGGGCUGUUUUGGUGACAUGCACUCCAUCUCUGACAGCUGAUUGUUUCUAUCCCUUUAAAUUGGCCGUCUGAACUCUUCUGAAUGUCAGCAUGAUUGAUAAUAUAUGACACUGUCUGCACUGAGUGAUCUGUAAAUUUAGUUGAUGUGUUAAUGCCUAAUGCUCAAUAUGCCUUUAAAGGACAGUUGAGCGCAGUGUCAAAGCCUUCAGUCACUAUGGAUUUCUAAUGACUAAUGAUUUGAGGUGCCAAAUUAUGUGCCAAAUUAUGUGUGUGUUUACAUGCAUCGUAAAAGUUUAGACUAGAAAUGUAAAGCAAGGCAUGCAUGAUGCAGAAAAGUUUGUCACUACAAAAUGUCAACAAAGGAGCACUUUAAAUGUCGAAUGGGGGGUAGGGACUGAA